CUCUCGUCGUGACUCGUCUCGUCUCAUCUCGCCUCCCUCCCCACCCUGCUGCCACACGACACCACAUUCUAGUUCACCAUUCCGAGUGAAUUCUUCCCCCACUCUCCAGUGCCAGCAGUGCGCUUCUGAAAGCCAGCACCUUUGACUGUUCGAUACCACAUUUGUUAGUACAGGUGUUCGUAGAUUCUCCUCCCGACGACCCCUCGUUACCUGUCUACCCUCUUCUCACCCGUCCCGCCAAUUCCUUUCUCUAGAUUCUCGCCAUAGCGAUUGCGCGUAGAUUUCCCCCAGAUGUCCCCUCCUUACUACCCGUCUGCUUCCUUAUUGUAGCCCUUCCUGCCCGUUCCUUUUCGUGAAUGACCACAAGAGCAGUUUGAGGCGUUGGUGAGCUCGCUGUCGCAAGACAUUAUCCUUCUAGUCUCCAGUCUCUCGGCCAAGCCAGUCGCUACAGCCGCCCCAGUCGCUACAGCCGCCCCGGUCGCUACUACAGUCGCUACAGCCGCAAUAUCGUGAUGGCACGGCUACCGCGCACCCCGAUACAAUCGCUCGGUCGCGUUGCAUUUCUCCUCGCCGUCCUUGCCGGCGGCAUGUGCGGCCACCGCGCCCGCGCUCAAAUUGAACUCGAGUCCUCCCAAGCGGCCGUCCUCAAUGAGUUGGGUCCGAGCGCAUUCUCUGUGCUAGACGUCGCAGUGGACCAAGACAGCAUGCUCACGAGCCUCAAGUGGUCUAACGUCUAUUUAGACACGUUCAUUCCAGAGAGCAUCAGCGACCUCGAGCGCCUCACACUGCUCGAUCUGAGCUACGCGAGUCUGAUAGGGUCUCUGCCUGACGCCUUGAGCCGCCUCUCCAGCUUGCAAGAGCUAAGCCUGGCCGGCAACUAUCUCGAUGGGAACGUUCCAGAGUGGAUCGGCAACCUGAUGGCUCUCACCUCACUCCGUCUCGACAAGAACGCCCUCUCGGGCAGUCUGCCACCAGGGCUGGGCGCCCUCACUAAUCUGCACACCCUGAGGCUGGGCUUCAAUGACUUCAACGGCACAGUGCCGGAUUCUUUCAGCAGCCUCACCAACCUCAACGUCCUGGGUCUGGCGAAAACACAGCUGACCGGGUCAUUACCUGGUGUCUCCCGCAUGACAGCACUCACUGAACUCCACCUGGCGCAGGACAUGGAUUGCCCUGACUUCUUCACCGGCUGCUCUGUCCAGUGCCAGGCAGACAUGCUUCCGAAAUGCCCCUUCUUCUGCGGCCUGUGCUUGAUUGAUCGUGCAUUCCCAAAUCCCCCCGGCCCUCCGUCCACCAGCCCCCCUCCCUCCACGUCACCGCCCAGCAACCCUCCCCCACCAUCAACAACGCCCCCACCUCCCUCCCCCACGCCGCCAGCGCCCCCCAGCUCCUCUUCUCCCCCUCCCCCUCCCACAGUGCCAGGCAACGGCGGUGGCGACAGCGACGGAUCGGGCUCACAAGGGCCGCCCACCACCCCUAGCCUCCCUCCACCAUCGCCUACCCCACCCCCUGGCUCCAGCUCCACAUCAGACCCUGCUGGCCCGCCUCUUUCUUCCUCUGGAGCACUUGACAGCAGUGGCACCAGCGGCGGUAGUGCCAGCAGUGGCGGCAGUGGCAGCAGUGGGUUGUCGGCGGGUGCGAUAGCGGGGCUAGCGGCUGCGUGUGCGUGUUUGGUGGCGGCUGUAGUUCUGCUGGUGCUGCUGCUGGUGUCCAGGAGGAAGAAGAAGGAGGCCGCGAAGCAGCACCCGCCGUCUGCAGCAGCAGCGGCAAUAUCGCCAGUAACCUCAGGAGGAUCAGCAGCAGCAGCAGCAGCAGCAGCUGCAGCAGCAGCAGCAUCGGCAGCAGCAGCAGCAGCCACAGCAGGGGCAUCACCCGUGCGGUCGAUACGGGAGCUGACGAUUGGCGAGGUGAAGACAUCCACAGGCAACUGGGCGAGGGAGGGGCGUGUGGUGACACGGGGCUCCUUCGACGUGUACCGUGGCUUCGACCCCUCCAACCCGGCCGUGCCCUGGGCUGUUUGCCGUGCCCGCGUGCUCACCAACACCUUCAGGCCGACGGUGGAGCGCAUGGGGGCCGUGCGGCAUGCGCACGUGGUGGCGCUAGUGGGGUUCUGCAUGGAGAUGACGCCCAGCGCGCUGCAGAUGGAGCAGAUCACCGUCUACCCCUUCAUGCCCCACGGCGACCUCGAGAAACGCCUCCGCCCAGGCACCAAUGAGGACCAUGCGCCCCUGAGCCUGGGUGAGCGGAUGGACAUUCUGGUGGGGGCGGCGAGGGGGCUGGAGUAUCUGCAUGCGAGGGGCAUCGUGCACCGCGAUGUGAAGCCGUCCAACAUCCUGCUGGACGACCGCCUGCAGGCCAAGGUAGUGGACUAUGGGUUCCUCAAGUCAACGGAGCAGGGCAGCGUGGACAGGGACAGGGCAGUGGGGUCGCCGGGGUACCUGGACCCUGCCUAUGCCAAGUCACUCACUGCCACAACCUCUGCUGACGUGUACAGUUUUGGUGUGGUGAUGCUGGAGGUGGUGUCAGGGCACAAGUGCUUUGUUCGUGUGGAGGACAGGGCCAUACCCAUCGCUCAGUGGGCAUCCCAGAAGGUGGACAGCAACGCGCUGAUGGAGGUGUGCGACGCAUCCCUGGACAUGCCCAUGGAUACGGCCCAGCAGCUCGUGCUGCUCGCUCUGGCCUGCACUGCCAUAGUCCCGACCCAGCGGCCCACCAUGGGCCAAGUGGUGCAGGAGUUGGAGGCGCUCGCGGCGCAGAGCAGAGGGGCGCAGCAGGUGGGGGAGAGCAGGGAGGAGAGGGAGCAUGCUGUGGUGGACGUGGGGGGAGAGCAGGGAGGUACUGCAGGCAUGGACACAAGAGGAGAUGAUGUAUGAGAUGAGAGAGUGGAUUCUUGUGCUGGUUGGUUGUGCUUGCUGUGUCUGGAAUCUGGAUUCUAAUGUGGUGGAUUCUUCGGGGGUCAUGUUUGUGCUCUGCUUUUUGGAUGUUGAUUGAUUAGCCUGGAUUUACAGCCCUCAGAGUCAUAAAGUCACCCAGGGCUAAUUUUAUCAGACUAUUUAGUCUGAUUAGUCUGAAAUUUCAGACCCUUUUUUUGGCCAAACCUGAAUUUCCAGAUA